AUGGUGGAGGUGCCGCGUAACUUUCGGCUGCUGGAGGAGCUCGAGGCGGGUGAGAAGGGAACGGGCUCAAACCAGAACGUCUCCGUUGGUAUUAGCGGCACAGACGAUAUUUACCUGCACGACUGGAACGGCACUAUUGUUGGGCCCCCUGGCACCACCUUUGAGAACCGUAUUCUCUCUCUAGCCAUCUACUGCGAUGAGGAGUAUCCAAAGAAACCACCACAUAUACGGUUUAUCAGUCGUGUGAAUUUGCCAUGCGUUAACGCUGAUGGCACAGUGGACAAAACAAAGUUUCACCUCUUUAAGAACUGGGAACCCCGCUAUACAAUGGAGAACUGCCUUGCGGAACUGCGUCGCGAGAUGACCCAGUCAGCCAACAAAAAAUUGCCCCAACCAGAGGAGGGGUCACGAUAUUAA